GGCGAGCUGUGGAAUAGGCGUGCAUUUGUGUUACUCAAACGCAGAAAACAUUCAGUGAAAACGUCCACAGAGAGCCCGCUUUAAGAGUGACUGGGACCGAGUUAUUUUUCCAUCCUUUUCUGCCUAUACACAUGGAGCACCAUUUCCUGAUGAGACUGUGGUGAGUGAGGUGCAGCCCUGUCACGCCCACAGCGCCCCCUUUCGGCCCGGACGGCACACCAUGCCCCGGCGCCUAUGAAAGGGUACCAUGUCAGCCGGAGUAUGUCUCAGCAUUCCUCGGGUGGUGGUGGAGGAGGUCCCUGCCACUGCACGCCUGAUGACUGCGACGGUCCAGGCAGAGACUACUACCACGGUCACAGCGAUGGCCACUUUUACCCUGGGGGAGGUCCGGUUGAGGCCCUGGCGCUGGAGAGGCACCACUCCCGCUCACACUCCCAUAGUCACUCUGGAGGAGGCACCUUUCCCCGCUCCCACCCCAACCAGCACCCACCUCUCCAGUCAUUUGACUCUUGUGAAGAGUGCCUAUCCUCAGGCCACGGGGGGAAGAUGCACCGCAUGCCCUCAAACAUGAUGGACCAGUUCGAGAAGCAGGUGCCCUUCCAUCAUGAUGGCUUCCACACCCUGCAAUACCAGCGCACUGCCAGUGGGGGUGCUGAGCAACGCAGUGAGAGCCCUUCGCGCAUACGCCACUUGGUCAAUUCGGUGCAGCGCCUCUUUGCCAAGUCCCAUUCCCUGGAGGCGCCAUCCAAACGGGAAUACAACGGUACAAGGGGAGGAGGGGACUACCGGAGCGAGAGAGGUGGGGGCCACAGGAGUGGAGGGGAGGAGGGCCACUACUCAGGCCACCAGUCUCGCUCCACCAGGAGGAACAAGUCUCGAGAACGUAGCAAGAGUGGAGACUCGCGGCAUGAGUCAGGCAGACGCCACCGCAGCCGGACAGCGGGCUGGUGGAGCUCCGAUGACAACCUCGACAGUGACAGCAGCUACUUGGUAGGUGGGGGUAGACCGGGGUAUCCCAGAGGACAUGAGAGCCUGGAUGCUGCCAUUCAGGAGCUCACCAUGAAGAAGCCCAAGGAACGAGGCGGCGGACCGGGGUCUGGGGAGUGCAUGGCCUGCACAACAAUGGCUCUGGUGGGGAGUGAGGGAGGAGGAGGACAGCACGGGCAUCACGGUCACUCCCUGAAGAGGAGCACCUGGUCAGCCAUGACAGUGAGUCAGGCUAGAGAGGUGUAUCCUUCUACCAGAGGAGGAGCCUAUGACAAAGCCCUGGUGCCCAUUGAGAGCAAGCUCAAGGAGAGGACCUUCCACUAUCUCCAGGUCCCUUCAGAAGACUGGGGUGGUGGUUAUAGCGGUGGCGGAGCAGCUGACAGCGGAGGGGAGAUCCCUUGCCGUCGCAUGCGGAGUGGCAGCUACAUCAAAGCCAUGGGCGACGAUGACAGCGCCGACUCGGACACGAGUCCCAAAGCCUCGCCCAAGUCCACGCUGAUUGCCCAGAGGGAAGCCUUCAGACGAUCUAUCAGCAUGGAUCAAAGGCACUCGUGUAAACAGUGUACAGAUUCUUACCCUAACACCAGAACCACACCCAAGACCCACACCCGCUCCCGUAGCUACACCCGCUCUUUGACCAGCACACAGCUCGGAGAGACGUUAAACCGUCAGUUCGAAGCCGUGUGUGGGACCAUGUUCGGGGAGGUGGAGUCUCAAGCUGUCGAAGCCCUGGAUCUUCCAGGAGUGUUCCGCACUCGCAGCCACAGCUACGUUCGCGCCAUCCAGGCCGGAUGUUCCCAGGAUGACGACUGUCUCUCCGUCUUCUCCAUGUCUGGCCCCCAGGGAAGCAUCAAGGGCGGGGCCGUCUUUCCCUAUCGUAAAGGUGCUCCUCCUCCACUCCCACCCCGCAUGUCAAAGUCUUCACUUUCGGUGCGAGCCCAGAGCAGCACAGAGUCCACCCAGGAUGCCUACUUCCAGAGCAGCGGGCAGUUGGUCUCAAGCUCCGGUCCCGGACGCCCCAAGCAGCACAGCAACUCCGUGGACCUGGGUAACUCUGACGGCCCAUCGGGCCGCACCUCCAGAGGAGGGUACUACAUCGGCAGCGGACCCGGGCAUUCCCGACAGCACAGCAACUCCGCAGAGAGCCUGGACGGGGUUCGGGGCUCAAGAGAGCUGGUGCCCUAUGGAGGGGGUCCUGGAGUCGGGGUGAGAGCCAAACACAGCAGCUCAGCUGACAGCCUUCUGGAGGGACCGCCAAGGCCAGCAAGAGAGAGGGAUGGCAGAGGGGGAGGUAGUCUGGGGAAAUCAGCCUCUCUGCCUCAGAACAGCAUCAUGCUGAGUAAAGCUGGAGGGCAGGACGAAGGGCGUGCUGUCAGAAAGUGGAGGCCAUCCAUAGCUGUGCAGGUGGAUAGCUCAGAGACCCUUUCAGAUUCCGACACGGAGGGCAAAGCUCUGACCGAGGUCCAUUCUGUAGGGGUCCAAGUGGAAGACGACAAAAGGAGAGCUCGUUUCAAGCGCUCCAACAGCGUUACGGCGAGCGUGCAAGCCGACCUGGACCCCGAGGGCUUCCCGGGAUUGAGCAUUGCUGUGCCGAUGCAGGACAAAAGCCUCCAGUUUGGCUGCUCCUUCCAAAGGCACUCGUCUGAGCCCGAGUCCGCCAGCCAGUAUACAGAGUGCCAUCGCACCGUCCACACACAGGGACAGUGGGCCUACAAAGAGGACUUUAUCCAGACUGGCUACACCACUGAGGCCUGUCAAGCUGACACACGGCCCCACCAGCAACCGCACCUGCCUCCACGUUCCCACUCUCCUCUCCCCAUUACCUCUGAGCGAGCUUGGGCGGGGACACCGUCCCUAGAGGGUCCCCGGAGCCUGCCCGACUCGGGCCGAGCCUCUCCCUGCAUGAGAGAUGGAGAGUUCUUCUUACGCCUCCUGCAGACAGAGGUGGAGAGGAUGGAGGGCUGGUGCCAGAACAUGGAGAGAGAAGCAGAGGAGAACGAACUUCCGGAGGAGAUUCUUGAACUGAUUCGAAACGCAGUUGGCAGUGCCCAGAUGCUCAUGUCUCAGAAAGUCCAGCAGUUCUUCCGCCUCUGCCAACAGAGUGUGGACCCAUCAGCCUACCCUCAGCCCACGUCUCAGGACCUGGCUGCCUUCUGGGACCUGCUCCAGCUCAAUAUAGAGGACGUCAGGGUCAAGUUUCAGGAUCUCCAGAGGCUCAAGGACUCUGGUUGGAGGCUCCCGCCUGAAAAGAAGGAGGACAAGAAGCUUCCUCCACCCUUACCAAAGAAGCCAGCAGGUGGGGUGAGUGGCAGUCUCCGGGCUGAUAGCGUUGGGGAUGGGGUUGCUGGAGGUGGAGGAGGAGGUGGGUCAGGGGGCCUGGUGGUGCCUCGCGUCGGUGGGCACACCCUGCCCAUCAGGGAGAAGUCAAUGGACCUCGGGGACCGUCAGAGGACAGAAGCGAGGAGGCGGCUGCUGCAGACCCGGCGCACUGCCUCCUUCAGGCAGAACUCAGCAACAGAGAGCGCCGACAGUAUCGAGAUCUACAUCCCCGAAGCCCAGACUCGACUCUGAACACCGAGCUGAGGUGUUUCCCUCCCACCUUCUCACCCACCCUCACCCCCUGCAAAGCUGGCCCGCGCACCAAUCUCAGUCUGUCUCCGAGCCCAGUUUUGGAUCCGCACGCUGUUAAUGCGCUACUCCCCUCUAGCAUUUCCAUCCAAAUCAGUUAUCAUACUCAUUAAACAAGCAAUGACAGCCAUCGUAGUGUCUUGAAAUUUGGAUAUUUUACAGACACAGAGGCCUAAACCUGGAAUGGUAGCUAGCUAGCAGACAUUUUUAAGUCUUUUUUUUGUUUUUGUUUUUGAUUAAUAUUAUGGCUGAAGACAAACAGCAGUCCACUUUUAUAACCAACCGAGGUUCACGCAGUAGUAGCAUGCCUGUGCGUGUUUACCGAGCACAUCUCCAUCACUGAAAAAUCAAGGGCUUAACAGAUACAAGAACUCAUACAGAAUCUCCCUGUAUGGAUGCCGCGUGCAGUAAAACCUCAUCCUUCUUUGUGAGGUUUCUUAAUCACAUACAAGAUGUGUCCAUUCGCUUGACUGAUGCUACCGGUGUGGAUGAACAAACAUGGAUGAAUUCAGCAUCGGUUCUAAUGCCCUUAAAGUCAGAUGGCUGGCAAACCCCAAAGAACAUCCCUCCCAGUCGUUGUCAGCCAACUACAGCUUGCACCUUUCACCCAGGUGCCAUCUGUCCCCGGCGACACCCAGUCAGAGAGUAUGAAAUCACUUUAAGUUUCUCUCUUUCAUUCCUCAAAUCCCGUGUUUUUGUUUGACUACCCUCAGCAUUCAGCAGUGAGGCUGUUUGAACGGGCAAGUGCUAUUUGUACAUAGAGUGCACAGUCAUGUUUGCCAGAAGGAGCUUUUGCAGUGUAGCAUCACAGCCUUGAUGGCUAGAGAGCACUGCAGACAUAAAAUAAAUAAAAAACUAGGGGAGAGAAGCCGUUUGCUUCUUAUGUAGUCCUUCUGAAGUUUCAAGCGUUCAGGGGUGGGGUUUCUGUGAGCUUUUAGGGGAGAAUAUAUUUUCCAAGGCUUUUCAGGACUCUGCUGAGAAAGCUCCCUUUUUCACUGUGAGACUAUAGCACCACCAAGUGGUUAAAUGAGGACCCAAACUAAUAACAAUGGUCUGUAGGAAGUUCUCGCCACUUCAGUCAGGAAUUAACAGACACCCCAAUGAAACAGCCAUGACAGAAGAUGAGGGGUUUUUGGGUGGGGUGGGGCUCUUUUUGUUGUUGUUUUUUGUGCUUUUUUGCACUUAAUCAGUGCUUUCCCAAGUGCGCAGUGCAUUUUCUCUUCUCUUAGAAAUUGUUUGAGUGGAUUUCCCCCUACUGCUUAAUUAAGAGGGCAGCGGAUCGCAAAAUAAAAGAACCGUCAAAGUCUUCAGCAGAAUCUGCUUGCCUAACUCAAAGUGCCGUCCUCUCAAUCUCACAGAGCCCUGAUUACAAAGAAGGGAUGAUUUCUCUGAAGGGAAGUAAACAAAAAGGAGUGGUAUUCAGUGAACAGCAGUGCCCUACGAAACCUCCCCAAAGAGACAUCAAACACAGGAAACCGCCGAGCUGCCAGACAGGGUCUGGCAACUGUGGUGAAAUUAGCUAAUACUUGAUUGAGUGGACGUGUGCGUGCUUUGUUUCUCGUUAUUGACUUCCUGAAAUUCUCUUCUCUGUGGUCUCUGCUCUGAAAAGUGUAGCACGAUUUGAAGAGUUUUCGAAGGGGGCCACAUUUACAAAUCUACUUCAUAACAGAUAUUUCUGAUACAAGUGUUUUGUAUGGAUGUUGCACAGAAAAAUGGCAUGUGUGUGUGUGAAUGCACUGGAAUUAAUGCUUACAAAGGGCUGCGAGUCACAAGGGACAUGUGACGAAGCCCAGCGAAUACUAAAAAGUCCAAAUCUGCCAUUUUGACGAUAGAAAAAAAAAAAAAAAACCCACACACACUUAAAUUUGAAAAAUAUUUUAGCAUGACCUGUUUUUUCUUUUUUUCUAAUAUUUGGAUGGAAUGUGUUGGAAAAAUGGGAUAUUUUAUUGGGAGAUGUAUAUUUUAUAAUAUAAUCCACAUUUCUAGAUUAGUAGAGAUUAUUGAGUACAGUAUAUGUACGAAUUUAAAAAAAAGCAUAUAUCAAAUGUGAAAUUCUACAGUAUUAUUAUGAUAGAUUAUAGCAUUGUGUGAUACUACAGUUGUGUGGCAUAUCCAGACUCAGUACAUGUGAAAAAGAAUCUCAAAUGAAUAUUAUUAUCUUCAGUGUGUGAGUCAGGUUCACAGGGUAUAACUGGCAAGAGUGUUAAUUGCCAAGUGUGAGCCUCCUUAGGCCUACUGUAUAUCUUCUUCUGUGGUUCUAAUGACAUAUACUGCUGUAUCCCCUUCCUGUAUUUCCUCUUUAGAGCCAACUACAUGUGCCUAACCAGCUAUAUGUGGAGGUUUCCUUUGAACACAGUUUACAGUAUAUAAAGAAAUGUAAAUAGAAAAGUAUAAAAUAUACAGAGAAUAUUGUUAAAGAAACUCUUUUUACUGUACUGACACGCCAUCUUUGAUCUCCCCCACUUUCACUUGCAAUACCCACACAAGACUGGCAAAUUCUAUUGAUGUUAAUACUGCAUGCUUUAUUACAGCUUCCUUUAGCAGAAUCUAAUGGGGUUUGUUUUUUUGACCGAUAAAAGGAAAGCACCUUUUGUAGCCUUUUUUUGUGAUUUCAAACAAAAACAAAUUGGUAGGAUUUUACACUGUCUUUGUACAACGAUCACAUCCUCGGAGGACACUGAUGUCGAUGUCCUUGAAAACCGCAAUCGAUGUUUCGGUUCGACUCCGAGGCGAUGCGCUUAACAGCCUCCAUGUGAAACGGCCGAUUUUAUGUUUAAUUCGUUUGAAGGCGUGCGGUUCAGAGAGCGGCCUUUUUAUCCCCGUGAUCCUCUCUCCCUGAAACUUGACAACAUUUCAGCUGCGUUUUUGACCCAGCCCUCAUGAAACAAAGCACAAAGACCUGCUUUAUUACUGUAACUCCACUGUGAAGGACUCUUGACUCCACCCUCGCAAUCCUCAAAGCUACAUUCAGAGGGAUGGCAAGGUCUUUCCAUUAUGAGUUGGCCUCGAGGGGCUCCAGGAAUCUUUAAAGGCUUUGUUGGAUAUUUAUCCACAGUAGCAACAACUACUCCUACUACUUUGUCUUCGGUUCUCGCUGACAUUCUCCUCCAUUGUUUAUCAUAAUUUGAGGUGUUAGCCAGCCACCUUGCCUUGUGAUAACAGGUCCACUGAAAACACACUUCUGGUGGUUGUGAUUUCCACGGUUUGCGUUCUUUACUGUAUCUAUUCGUUGUUCGAUAUCUGCACAGUACACUGGAGUUGUACAAACAUGACCUGACCACUCACCGACACAACAGACAGACUGCUAUAUGAACCUUUUCACCUCUUUCUGUAAGUGCAAAAACCCCACGUGGACAGCCAGAUGGAUAAGCCAACUCUCAGUACCUCAGUUUCUAGCAGCAGUGUCUCCAAUCCCCAACCCAGGCCUCUGUCCUCAGGGGAUUCUCAACCAACAGACCCUGAACAUACAGCGUCAGACCAGCCCUGCAGGAUGUUGUUAAUAUUCUCUGAAAGUGUGGAAAUCACACGUCUUUUGAGCCCAGAUUCUCUUUCAGCCAUUCACCGAGACUUGAAAGCGCAGCGCGGUAACGUGCAGGUGCUGGCGAUGGAGGCGAUCGUAGCCGAUGUGCUACGUGUGUGCAUUUGCUGUGUGCUGUGCAUCUGCAACAGACUGAAGCUGGAGGGGUGUAGUAGCAGCAGAUUUGAGUUUUAAUUUUACAUUUCUGUGAGACAGAGCUGCUCUGGAGGAAAAAGCUAAGUCACUGAAUUAACCCUCAUUACGAGAAGCAGAGGGGGCAAUUUUCUAAAAACAUUUCGUUUGUGUCAUUAUUCUCAGCAAUAUUUAAAGGUGAUCAAAUGUGUGAAAAAAAAAACAUUUUCAGACAAUUAUCCGCAUUUGAAUACUUUUAACCAACAGCAAUAGGAAAUAUUUGCUUAGCAUUAGCAGUGCUAGGAUACAGGCGAGCGAAUUGGAAACCAUUUGAAAAUAAGAUCAGUGUGGAGAGAUAUGGAGGCUGUAACAUUAUUCAAACUCAUACAUCAAACUUAGCUUAUUUAAAGACGUGGGGGUUAAUAUAUGUUUCCAUGUUUUGGUCCUAUAUAAACUGUUACAGUGGUAAAAGACUAUACAAAACAAAAACUGAAAUAAGCACUGGUUUCUGAUGGUUUUUCUGUUCUUGGCUCCGUAGGAUAUAGAAGACAUCAGGUAUCCCUAAUAUGGCCAUCUCAGGUGCACAGCUCAUGGCUGUGAGCACAGAAGCCCCACCCACCUUCAGUUCAACCCUUCUGUUUGCGAGAAAAGGCCAGUCAGAGGAAAGUUGGUUUAUAGGAAUUUGAAGCUGAAACAAAUGAGCAGACAGGUUGUAUCAAGACCCAAUAUAUCAUCAAAAGAUCAAAGCUCUACUAGUAGAACUAAAAUAUACACAUUUAUUACAUACAGAAUUGUUUUUCAAAUGUAUAUGUGGAUCCAGCCUAAUGAGACUGCUAGCAGUUACAUAUAAGUGUAACCGGUGUGAUUCUGCGUUGUGUCUGAUAAAAAAGGUAAAAGAAAGAAAGACCUCCAAGUAAAUAAUU